AUGUCCUCUUCCUCCCCCACCGGGCAGAUUGCAAGUGCGGCGGACAUCAAGCAGGAGAAUGGGAUGGAAAGCGCCUCGGAAGGACAGGAGGCGCACCGAGAAGUGGCGGGGGGCGCGGCGGCAGGGCUGAGCCCCCCGGCUCCAGCUCCUUUCCCCCUGGAGCCGGGGGACGCCGCGGCUGCCUCCAGGGUAAGCCGGGAGGAAGGGGCAGCGGCGGCCGGAGCGGCAGAUCAGGUACAACUCCACUCGGAACUUCUGGGCAGGCACCAGCACGCAGCGGCUGCGCAGCCCCCGCUGGCCUUCUCUCCGGACCAUGUCGCCUGCGUGUGCGAAGCGUUGCAGCAGGGGGGCAACCUGGACCGCCUGGCUCGGUUCCUGUGGUCCCUGCCCCAGAGCGACCUGCUACGUGGCAACGAGAGCCUGCUGAAGGCGCGAGCGCUCGUGGCCUUCCACCAGGGCAUCUACCCCGAGUUGUACAGCAUCCUCGAGAGCCACAGCUUCGAGUCGGCCAACCAUCCGCUGCUGCAGCAGCUCUGGUACAAGGCGCGCUACACCGAGGCCGAGCGAGCGCGCGGCCGGCCCCUGGGCGCCGUGGACAAGUACCGGCUGCGCAGGAAAUUCCCCUUGCCCCGCACCAUCUGGGACGGCGAGGAGACGGUGUAUUGUUUCAAGGAGAAGUCGCGCAACGCUCUCAAGGAGCUCUACAAGCAGAAUCGCUACCCCUCGCCCGCCGAGAAGCGGCACCUGGCCAAGAUCACCGGCCUCUCCCUCACCCAGGUCAGCAACUGGUUCAAGAACCGGCGGCAGCGCGACCGGAAUCCCUCCGAGACCCAGUCCAAAAGUGAAUCAGAUGGCAACCCCAGCACUGAAGAUGAAUCCAGCAAGGGACAUGAGGAUUUGUCUCCCCACCCACUUUCGGGUGCAUCUGAUGGCGUCACCAACCUCAGCCUUUCUAGCCACAUGGAGCCAGUAUAUAUGCAACAAAUUGGAAAUGCUAAGAUAUCCUUAAGCUCUUCUGGAGUUUUGUUGAAUGGAAGCUUGGUACCAGCGAGUACUUCACCUGUCUUCCUUAAUGGUAAUUCUUUUAUUCAGGGACACAGUGGAGUUAUCCUUAAUGGACUGAAUGUGGGGAAUACACAGACUGUGUCGCUGAACCCACCAAAAAUGUCUUCAAACAUCGUGAGCAAUGGCAUAGCCAUGACAGACAUCCUGGGCUCUACCUCCCAGGAUGUGAAGGAAUUCAAAGUCCUCCAGAGUUCGGCUGUGAACUCAGCAGCCACCACCUCCUACAGCGCUAGUGCCCCCGUGUCAUUCCCAGGGCUGAUACCCUGCACUGAAGUGAAAAGAGAAGGCGUUCAGACAGUGGCCUCUCAGGAUGGCGGCUCUGUGGUGACUUUUACUACACCAGUGCAAAUUAACCAGUAUGGCAUUGUCCAGAUCCCUAAUUCGGGAGCAAACGGCCAGUUCCUUAAUGGGAGCAUUGGAUUCUCUCCACUGCAGCUGCCCCCUGUCUCAGUAGCAGCUUCACAAGGGAAUAUUUCAGUAAAUUCAAGCACUUCAGAUGGAAGCACAUUUACAAGCGAGUCUGCCACAGUCCAGCAUGGCAAACUUUUCCUGAGCCCUCUUGCCCCAAGUGCAGUGGUAUACACUGUUCCUAACUCAGGCCAGACUGUAGGAGCUGUGAAACAGGAAGGCUUAGAAAGAGGCCUGGUCUUUUCUCAGCUGAUGCCUGUCAAUCACAAUGCACAAGUGAAUGCAAGCCUCUCUUCUGACAAUCUCUCUGGCAGUGGCCUCCACCCACUGGCCUCUUCCUUAGUGAAUGUGUCCCCGGCUCAUAGCUUUUCCCUGACUCCCCCUACACUACUAAAUCCCACUGAGCUAAACCCUGACAUUGCCGAGAGCCAGCCAAUGUCUGCACCUGUGGCCAGCAAAUCUACUGUGACAUCUGUUAGCAGCACUAACUAUGCAACCCUUCAGAACUGUUCCCUUAUCACUGGUCAAGACCUGCUGUCAGUCCCUAUGACUCAGGCUGCCUUGGGGGAAAUAGUUCCCACAGCUGAAGAGCAGGUGGGUCACGCCUCACCAGCCGUUCACCAGGAUUUUGUCAGGGAACAGCGCUUGGUUCUGCCGUCGGUAGCUAACAUAAAGGAGAAUUUCUUACAAAACUCUGAGAACAAAGCAACAAACAACUUAAUGAUGUUGGACUCCAAAUCCAAGUACGUUCUGGACAGCAUGGUAGAAACUGUCUGUGAAGACCUGGGAACGGACAAAAAAGAGCUGGCCAAGCUCCAGACUGUCCAGUUGGAUGAAGAUAUGCAAGACUUAUAAGCCUGAUUCACCACACAACACCCCUUUUCUCCAUUAUCAGCAGCAAAUCUUCUCUUUGUGAGGCCCCAAAGACAGAGAGCUUUUACUCGUUUAAAGGAAACCAGUCUACUUCUGAAGCACAUGCAUUUGGACUGAUCUGCAUGAAGAUCGUAGUCAAAUACACAGGAGUGGAACUGCAUUGCUGAGACCUUCCUAUUCACAUCACGGUUGCUCCUAAAUAGAUGGCGACAGGUGAACUGUAUCAAACCAUCAGAUAUCAUUUAGUCAGCAAUAUAAUUCUAAGGUCUAAAUGAAACAUGAUAGGAUUUUAAAUUUAAAAUGUAUUCGCCUAAACUUAGAAAAUUAAAUAAUAGCUAGAGGCUGUUGUUAGAAGCAAUGCAGUUGUUUGUUUGUUUGUUUGUUGUUUACUUUUACUCCACGGGCAUUGAGAUGGUUGUGAAACAG